AUGGCCACAAGCCCCAGCCCCCAGCAGCUUGGUGGCCCUGCACCUCCMAGGCUGGGCCYAYUCCAGUCCUUCUUCUACCAGCAAGGCCAGAAGUUGUCGUGGCGAUCCAGAUGUUGUCUCACAGCUGGCCAGCCUGGCAAGAAGGGUUCCCUUCCACAGGAUCUGCACCAGCGCCUGGAUCACUUGCAUGUGGAAGGGGCUGCCUUCCACUACGGCUUCAACUCCAGCUACCUGCGGAAGGUCGUGUCCUACUGGAGGAAUCAGUUUGACUGGCACAAGCAAGUGCAAGUGCUGAACAAAUACCCCCACUUCCACACUACCAUUGAAGGGUUUGAUGCCAUUGCAGCUGCUCGRAUAUUUCAUAAGCUAAUGAACAGAUUGGGCUUCAAGGAGUACUAUUUACAGGGAGGAGACUGGGSAUCUYRYAUYACCWCAAWCAUGGCCCAGAUGCUGCCAYAUAACAGCAAGUAUCCUCACUACGAGUAG